AUGUAUAUCCCACAUUCCCAAGCCCGAACCUCCGGGUCGGACAUUGAACGACGCUCUCCCCCGACUGUACGUUGGUCGCAGUUCGAGGCACCUGGUCACUCGGCCCUUCUUACCAAGAGACAGGUUGGAAUAGCCGGAGGCAACACUACCAACAUCACGGUCGGCGUCACAGUCGGAGUGGCCAUACUCAUCUUCAUCCUCGGAGGGGUUGCCUUCCUCUACUACUACAGGCAAUCCCUCAACCGCAUCAGCCGUCGACGACGCCGAAGUCGACGCCACAUAUACCACAAGACCGUCAGCUCGAGGAGCUCCAAGAGCUCAGCUACUGACGGCCCGCCGCCGCCGCCUCCCGGACCUCCUCCCCGGGGUCCACCCUCGGCGCCACCUUCCGCAGCUCCCCCGGCCGACCCUCCUGCCGACCCUCCAGCGUCUCCUCCGCCUGCCGCUGCACCCGCGGAUAAAGAAUAA